AUGGCCAACGCUGUGGUUCCUAAAUGGCUGGUGGAUUAUCCUGCCUGCUCACAGGGAGCCACGGGAGGCUUAAGGGCCAAAAGGCGAGCGGUGGGCAGCGGGGUCCCGCGGCCGCCGGCAGCGCGGACGGCGCGCGAGGAGGAGGAGGAGGAGGAGGAGGAUGACGUCGAGGACGAGGACAGUGACGAGGAAGACAGUGACGAGGACGAGGACGACGAGGUCAUUGACGAGGAAGUGAAUAUUGAAUUUGAAGCUUAUUCCAUCUCAGAUCAAGAUCAUGAUGGAAUUAAGAAGUUAUUGCAGCAGCUUUUCCUAAAGAGUCCUGUGAACACAGCAGAACUAACAGAUCUCUUGAUUCAACAGAACCAUAUUGGGAGUGUGAUCAAGCAAUCAAAUGUUUCAGAAGACAGUGAUGAUGAUGUGGAUGAAGAUGAGAUUUUUGGCUUCAUAAGCCUUUUAAACUUAACUGAAAGAAAGGGUACCCCGUGUGCUGAACAAAUUAAAGAGUUGGUUCUAAGCUUCUGUGAGAAGAACUGUGACAAGAGCACGGUUGAGCAGCUGGACAAGCUUUUAAACGACACUGUCAAACCUGUGGGCUUUCUCCUUAGCGAAAGAUUCAUUAACGUCCCUCCGCAGAUUGCUCUGCCCAUGCACCAGCAACUCCAGUAAGCCUUUGGAAGCGAAGCCUUCAAACAGUAAUGUUUGCCAAGUUGCAUCAGAAAUGUGAUGAAGUGGAAUGUGAAAGAACUAGCAGAGGCACACAGAACGAACAAGCCUUGUGGGAAGUGCCACUCCUACCUGCUGAUUAGUAAGACAUUUGUGGAAGCAGGAAAAUCCAGUGCCAAGAAGGGGCACAACAGCCCAAAGCAGGGUGUGCUGAUGUUCGCAAAUGCCGAGGAAGAGUUUUUCUAUGAGAAGGCCGUCCUGAAGUUCAGCUACUCAGUGCAGGAGGAGAGUGACACGUGUCUGGGAGGCCGAUGGUCUUUUGAUGACGUCCCAAUGAAGCCCUUGCGGACCGUGAUGCUAAUUCCAGGCGAAAAGAUGAAUGAAAUCAUGGAAAAACUGAAAGAACAUCUAUCCAUCUAGUCCAUUUCCCCUGGACAGUGAUGGGUUUGUUUUUA